AUUACACCUCACAAAAUUUCUCACUUCAACUUUGAACUUCUUUUCUCUAUUAUUAUUAUCUUUCUCUUUUUCUUCAUCUCUUAUCUUCCUUCACCUUUUUAUUGAAAGAAAAAAAAAAUGAGCAACAUAAGCAUGGUAGAGGCAAAGCUGCCACCAGGAUUCAGGUUUCAUCCAAGAGAUGAAGAGCUUGUGUGUGAUUACUUGAUGAAGAAGGUGCAACACAAUGAUUCCCUUCUCUUGAUAGAUGUUGACCUUAACAAGUGUGAGCCAUGGGAUAUUCCUGAAACAGCAUGUGUUGGAGGGAAGGAGUGGUAUUUCUACACACAAAGAGACCGUAAGUAUGCAACAGGGUUACGCACAAAUCGUGCCACUGCCUCAGGGUAUUGGAAGGCCACAGGGAAGGACAGGCCUAUCCUCCGCAAGGGCACCCAUGUAGGGAUGAGGAAGACUUUGGUGUUCUAUCAAGGAAGGGCACCCAAAGGGAGAAAAACUGAGUGGGUCAUGCAUGAGUUUCGUAUCGAAGGACCUCAUGGACCUCCUAAAAUUUCUUCUUCCAAGGAAGAUUGGGUUUUGUGUAGGGUGUUCUACAAAAACAGUGAAGUUUUAGCCAAACCUAGCAUGGGUAGCUGCUAUGAGGACACGGGAUCUUCAUCUCUUCCUGCGUUAAUGGACUCUUACAUAAGUUUUGACCAAACUCAAACCCAUGCAGAUGAGUUUGAGCAAGUGCCCUGCUUCUCCAUUUUCUCUCAGAACCAAACAAACCCCAUUUUCAACCACAUGACCACUAUGGAGCCUAAGUUCCCUCUCAACCAUGCAACUACAACAUAUGGAGGAGCACCAAAUUUGGGUUAUUGCUUAGACCCUUUAUCUUGUGACAGAAAAAUGUUAAAAGCUGUUUUGAAUCAAAUCACAAAGAUGGAAAGGAAUCCACUUAACCAAAGUCUAAAAGGGUCACCAAGCUUAGGAGAAGGAAGUUCAGAGAGUUAUUUAUCUGAAGUGGGGAUGCCCCACGUGUGGAAUUACUGAUGUGAGACUUUAGUACUUAAACCCUCUCCUCCACCUAUGCCACCAUGAAAUUUUUUUUUUAAAAAAAAAAACAAGAAAAAAAAAAGGUAUAAGGGGGAAGAUAAAAUCAAUCCAUUGUUUUAAGUCAUGGUGAGUACUUAUGUUUUACCUGUGGUGUUUUAGCUAUUAAUGUAUACCCAUCCAUGAUGUGUCCCUAUAUAUUAGGAAAAUGGGACUUGUAAUUUAAAUUUAUAAAUAUUUGUAGUUAAUUUUAUUUAGUGGAUGAUUUUUUUUUCUUCUUUGUUAAAUUAGAUGUUGGAUUGAGAUGUUAUGAAGAUAAUCAAAUCUCUAUCUUUAUAUUGAA